CAGAGGUCUUGUAGGCGGUUUUUGCGCGUACCUUGUUUGCACCACGGUCCACGACAACGGUGGUAACAGGUCACCACACACUCCCUUGAAAAGGAUGGAGACUGCUGCGGGAGCAAAAAUUACAUCCCAUCAUGAUGGAGGGUACUGCUAUACACAAUGACUCUACAACGGUGUUGGGAGAUGUAACAUUUCAGACCGCACCAAUGCCAACACUAGACCCUGACCUUUACAGAUUGUCUUCCGAAGAAGCUGCGUUCUUCAAGGCGCAAAUCGGUAUCGACGACGACGAAGACUUGAAAAGGCAUAUCCUGGAGGUGCAGGCGAAAGCAUACAAGAUUGUACCAUAUCCUUGUAUUCACGAAUUUUACUUUCUUCGGUACGUGAGCUAUAGAUCUAUGGCAUCCGAGUCAACAAUAACAAGGAGCACCGUGCUCAGCAUUAACAUAUCGAGUUACCCUGUAUAUGAACACAUCCUCAAGCUUGGUCGCGAGCGCUCCGAUGCCGUGUUACUCGACCUCGGCUGUUGUUUCGGUGUUGACGCCAGAAAGGCUGCGGCGGAUGGUUUUCCUGCGAAAAAUAUCAUUGCAUCUGAUAUCAACAACGAAUUCCUCGAACUUAGCCACGAACUUUUCAGAACGACACCAACUUCUUACGCGGCAUGCCUCCUUCCCGGAGAUGUUUUCGAUCCUGCAUUUCUUUCGAUAGCUGCGCGACCGAACGACGUCUCUUCAGCCCUGGCUAUUGAUUUGUCCUCGUUGAAAUCCCUCAAUCCCCUGCACGGCCGCAUAAGUGCAAUCAAUGUUGCUAGGUUUUUCCAUCUCUUUACUGAGGACAAACAAUUGCAUCUUGCCAGGGCUCUCGCGGGUCUGUUAUCUGCGCAGCCAGGUUCUGUUAUUUGCGGUUUUCAUAUUGGAAGUCCCGAAAAAGGCAUGGCAGCUACUGUGUUGGGCCCUGAGCAUCGGUUGUUUGCUCAUUCUCCCAAAAGUUGGACAUCUUUGUGGGAUGGAGAGGUAUUCGAGAAGGGCAGUGUAAAGGUAGAAACAGAGUUGGUAAAACUUGUGACUCGCGGGGUGGAACGCUUCAUGAUGGGGUGGUCAGUGGUGAGAUUGUAGUGAGGAAAUGUACGUACGACAAUGCUAGAGGAAAUUGUCAAUAAUCUAGUCAUAGCUCAGUAAGGUUCAUCCAACCACCAAGAACCUCGAAGGGAAUCGACAAAUUUCAAUAUCUGCAUUGGUCCUGGAUUUCCAUGUAGUGAAUGUAUUGGAUAGUCCCG